AUGUAUCUAUUGUGUCGCUUUGUUUCCUUUUGUCAUCUCAAUCUUCAUCUCGCAUACCUAUCCACUCAGCUCGAUGUCCACGAGUCCUUUUACAACUUGGGUUCUACCAAGAGAAGACCGACGGAUCAUCCCAACUCCGACAGACCAGAGAAGACUCACAGACCUGACAAAAAUCCGCCUGAUUCCCUCAAUUCACAUUCACCUUCCGAUCCUCAUCGUUCACCCAAAUGGCACCCAUAUCAUUCGGAUGGUGAUGUAAUACUGCGAGCGAACGAUGGGACUCUGUUCGGGGCGGAUAGCUGGAGACUUGCUAAAGCGAGUGACGUAUUCAAGGAUAUGAUCAAUAUUCUCAACCCGAAUCAUUCAGAUGUCCUACAGCCUCAAGAUGGCUAA